GUUCAGAUAAAAUAAUUGUUACAAAACUCUUGAUAGCAAAUGGAAGAUAAGGUGUCGUUCUAAAUUAAGGAUAGAGUAAUGAAAUUCGGAUAUGAAUUGUUUGCAUAUCUUUAUGCUGUCGUUUCAGUCUUGGCACCGUGCUCGGUGAAAAGUGCAGACCACUCUUCUCUGGCCGAGGUUGAUAAUCUAGUAAAAUGUAGUUUUGAUAAUGAUAUAUGCAAUUGGCGCCAAUCUACUGGUGACGAUUUUGAUUGGACAUUGUUAAGUGGAAACACGCCCACUACUAAUACUGGACCGCCUACAGAUCAUACGUAUAGGAACUCCUCUGGAAAGUACAUAUUCAUCGAGACAUCAGCACCAAGGCAAUUGAACGAGAAAGCAACACUUAUCAGUCCGCUGAUAGAUACGUGGAACAAUAACUAUAUGUGUUUUAGCAUGUGGUUUUAUGCAUACGGUUCCAAUAUUGGUAAUUUACAAAUUGUUCGGAAACAAUCUCAGUAUGAGAAUAAAACAGAAACAUUAUGGACAAAUAAUUUCCAGGGACCUUCAUGGCAGCACACAUCUGUGACAAUUUUGCCGACAGGCCCUUUUCAGAUUAUAAUAGAAGGAACUGUUGGAGACGGUUACCUUGGAGAUAUAGCAGUUGACGAUGUUGAAAUAACCGAAGGAAAUUGCACUGCUAAACUCGUAAGGAUUAUAUGUAUUGCAAUGGUAUUAAUGUGUAAUUAUAUAGUUUUAUAG